AUGAGCACAUACAACAAUCAAGCGGCAGAGGCACAUCGCCAGGACGCCAUGGCUGGCGCCCGCCGCCCUUCCUAUGGAUCCUCGACCGGGACGCCCGGCUUCCCUACGGGCUUGCAUGACACACAACCGCAGUACGAUCCUGCCACAUCAGGGGUCAACCCGGCCACCGGAGCGAAAUAUACAAAACCAUCUGCGGUUGGAUCCCACCCGUCCAACAGCUAUGACCAGGGCGGGCAGAUUGCAGGCACUCAUAUGCCUAGUAACGCGCCGCAACCCCAAAUGGUUAAUCAGGCGACGGCGGACUCGAACGCUUCCGGUGACAAAUUUGCCCGAAAGGGCGAGGAUUUUGGUCGCAAAGCUCAAGGCGUGAUGGCGGGUGUACAUGGAGCCGGAGAGUCGCUACGUGGAGCUCUGACCGGAGCUGUGGAUAGAGCCUUUGGAACUACGGAUGGCGCAGAGCGCAACGAAGAAAUUGCACGACGGGGUGAGCGUGAGAUGCAAUCGGGCGAGUUCACGGGGGCCCGUACGGGAAGAUGA